UUUGAUGUGAAAUUAUUAUUUAACCUCAAUCAGCUCCGUUUUAAAGCCCGUUAAAACAAGCGCCGUAGAGGCGAGCGGAGCUCUUCCGCGCAUGCGCACGAGUUCGCCGCCAUCUUCUGUUGGUUCCCUUUUGUCCGUGACCGGGGGAGAGGAGCCAGGCGGCUGCAUAUUAUUCACCGAAUUGCGGCCGGAGGAAUACAGCGAAACCUAAACACUGCGACGCAGUACCACAGCACAGUACUCCCCGGGUGUUUCCCUCCUCUCGGGGCUCGGUAUUUGAAAAGCACGACAAUGGACGACGAGCAGCCCAAGACGCUGUAUGUUGGGAACCUGUCCCGGGAUGUGACUGAGGCCCUCAUCCUGCAGCUCUUCAGCCAGAUCGGACCCUGCAAGAGCUGCAAAAUGAUAUCAGAUACUGCAGGCAAUGACCCAUACUGUUUUGUGGAGCUUUAUGAGCACAGACACGCCGCUGCUGCCCUGGCUGCCAUGAACGGCCGUAAGAUAAUGGGUAAGGAAGUCAAAGUGAACUGGGCCACGACUCCGAGCAAUCAGAAGAAAGACACGAGCAAUCACUUCCAUGUCUUUGUUGGAGACCUCAGCCCUGAAAUCACCACUGAGGACCUAAAAGCAGCCUUUGCGCCCUUUGGGAGAACAUCUGAUGCACGCGUGGUGAAAGACCCAGCAACUGGAAAAUCCAAGGGUUAUGGCUUUGUGUCUUUCUUCAACAAGUGGUGUCCUCCUGCCAGCUUCCGUCACCUUUUUUUGUUUGAUCUCUUCCUUUUAGAACAACUGAUGAGGCAGACAUUUUCCCCAUUUGGCCAAGUCCUGGAGAUUCGAGUUUUCCCGGAUAAAGGAUAUUCUUUUGUGAGGUUCAACUCUCAUGAGGCGGCGGCUCAUGCCAUCGUGUCUGUCAACGGGAGCUGCGUAGAGAACUACGUGGUGAAGUGCUCCUGGGGCAAGGAGACCGCGGACACGGCCAGCCCCCUGCACCAGGUCCCCGUGGCUCCGAACAAGGUGGGCUUUGCCGCCCAGCCCUACGGCCACUGGGGUCAGUGGUACAGUGGCACCCAGCAGAUCGGACAGUACGUGUCCAGCAGCUGGCCGGUACCCGCCUACGGGGUGUACGGACAGGCCUGGAACCAGCAGGGCUUCAAUCACCUGCAAGCAGGGGCCGGCUGGACAGGCAUGGGCACGGCGGUCAACAAUGGUGGUGUGGUGGAGCCGACCGCCGCUAUGAAUGGAAGCAUGCUCCCUAACCAGCUGAGCCUGGGGGCCGGCGGGUACCCCACCCACUGAUGGCUGUCUGCGAGGCCGCGGGCUGCCGCUCAAACUUGUAUAUAUCCAUAUUAAAGGACUGGUGAGGAGCUCAAAUCAGUUGUGAACCUGAAUUUUUCAUGACGCUUGGAUUGGGUGCUGUUGCCAGAUGUUUUUUUUUGGCCUUUCGAGGACUGGAGUCCAGGGAUUGGCUCACGAGAUGUUUGACCUGGUGUCAGACCAGCUGUACAGGGAGGGGGCUGUGCCAUUUUUAAUUCGCUGCUUAAUUAAGGGCAGCUGGCUUCUAGAGUAGUUCUUUUCUGGUGAUUUGUUCAGUGAUGUUUUUAAACACCCGCUCUUUUACCGAGUGAGUCUGAUCGGGUUGUAGGUGUCUGAUAUAUGACACCAGCCGGGUCCAAAGCCCGGCUCCCUCGAAUGUGGUCGGACUGAGGCGGCCGUGGGGCACAGUGCUGCCACCUAUCUUCAAGGCUGAUAAAUGUUAGUCAAAAUGUUCCGCAGUGUUCUGGCUGGAAGGCUGUGAGUUCAGUACAUAAAUAACCCAGCAUUGCCUCUUACAUCUAAGGCUGUAAAAAUUAUGGUGAACAUGCACACCUCAUUAUGAAAGCUUGCUUUGAGUCAUUAGCUUAAUAUAUGCUGUCAUUAGCAACACUGCUACAUGCUGAUCCUUUCAGAGUUAAGGACUGUACCACCUGCAGUUCUGCGGGGGGGGUGGGGGGGGGCGUGCUUACAUUGCUACGCGGUGCUAUACACUCAGACGGCAAAGCAGGUUGAAUCAUCUAGAUCAUUCUUUGUUUCUGAAGUAGCAUUAUUUAGUGUUUUGUAAAAUCCCUGAAUGGAUUAAAACUGCAGUGUUGCCCCUUCAUCGUUUUGUGGGGGGGCAGCGUUGGACAUGCCAACCUGUUGCCUUAUUUUGAGUUUUUAUGCUGUCUUUACAAAUAGGCGGUGCCUAUGGGUCUUUUAAAAACCUUCUUGAGGAUUCCUCGCCUUUUUGUGGUCCUUCGGGAUUGUAGCGCAUUCCUGUGUUUGGGUUGAGAUGCUCGACCUGCUUGUUUUUUUUAAAUUUCUUUUUUAUUUUGCCGUCAUAAAUGGAUAUGAUUUUCACAUUUUAUUUAACGUUGCUUUUUUUUGUAUGCAAAAAUUAGGCUGGACUGACUGGGUCAGUAAACAUGUGUUUGGUACUUUGAAGUGGCUUUUCAGUUGCUGUAAUUUGUGAAAUCUUCGUAAUAAAGGGGACACCUGAUGAUAUCA